CUAUUCUGCAAACGGUGCUGCACCAGUUGAGUAGUCCUCGACUUACAACCGGUUGAGUAGUCCUUGACUUACGACCGGUUGGGGGUCGUGGCAUUAAAAAGGUUGAGAACCACUGCUUUACAGUAUUACUGUUCCUGUCCCAAGUCAAUCAAUGAUAAUAGGAAGUCAAACUAUGUGUUUGGUCAUUUGUAGAUGCUGCAGUGUUACCUUUUUCUCUGCCUCCAUGUAAUUUCUACAUAAAGCCACUGGAGGUGGUCCAGGGUAUACCAUUGGUAUGCCACUAGCCAAUUACAUAUUGCCACUCUGGGCUGCAAUGCACCUGAUCAAUUGUCUAGAUUUGUUAGGCACUGGGUGAAGAGAAACAAACUGAAGUUGAAUCCCAGCAGACCAAACUUGUUAGUUCAGAAACCUUCUAACACGCUGCCCUGCCAAAAUAACUCAGCACGGGAAAACACAUCCCACAAAAGAACAACUGGGCUGUCCUCCUAAAUUAACAGCUAGUAUGCCAGCUGCAGCUCUUCUUGAAGUAUGAUAAUUAGUAAAUAUCACUGAUAAAUACCUUUAUUAGCACUGAAGCCAAGUAUUGCAACGUGCUUUAAAUUGGGCUUAAAAUUUAAAACUAUCAAGGAGUCAUAGCUGGUGUCAAUACAACAUUCUACACUGGCUUCAGAGUACAAACAGCUAGUUUUGAGCUAUAAAGUACUUCAUGGCUUGGCCUCUUGAGUAUCUAUAGGGGUUGCCUAUUUCAAAUAGAAUUAAUUCAUUUGUUCUGAAAGGGUAUGUUGGGUCUCUCCCCCUACACACAGGUGAGAUGAGUGAGUUUGAAGUUCAAUUUUUUCUAACUCAUCUCCUGUAUUAUAGAACUUACCUCUUAAUAUUCAAAUGAUGUCCUAACAUUUUUUGGGAAAUUGUCAAAAGUUGCUUUUUUGUUGGGGACAUGUUUUUGUGGUUUCAUAUUAGUUAACCUGCAAUGACUUUUUGUUAAACCAGUAAUGUAUAAAUAUCAUAAAUUAAGAGAUUCUAUUUAGAACAGAAAUGAGACGUGUGGUCCUCCAGAUGCUACUGGAUCUGAAAACCUCUCACAUUGGCCACCCUGGCGGUGGCUAAUAACUUUUGUUAACAAAAGUAUGUGCUCCAAGAAUAUUAAGUAUCUAUAGAAUUAUUUGCACAUACAAAUAAAAAGUUCAAUUAUGAAUGAGUUCCAGUUGUAAUUAUCGAUGCAUCUUCCAGACAUUCCAAAGUUUUAUACCAUUAUCAGUGGAUCUCUUGCAACAAGCCUGAAAUUUGUAACAGAAAUUAUAUUGGUCUCCAGCAAAAACAGAGUACCUUAAGCAUUCCAGGGCCAGGAAAUCAUGCGUUUGCGCUUGUAUAACAGAAACUGACCGUCACAAACAGCUUAUAGGUUGCAGUGGGACACCCGCAUGUUGGAUUUACGGUACUUAGGUGGUAGUCAUACAGACAGAAAACACUGCAAUCUCCUGCUCCGGACUUUAUCUACACAUAGAACGGAUAUUUGUGCCUGAAGCUAUUUUGACUGCUUCCCAUCAGCUAGAUCCAUGACAAAUCCAAAAGCAGACGAAAAAAGGCAGCAGCUACUUCUUGUGUGGAAGAGGUUCAGUUCUAACCUUGGAAAAUUCUUCCCAAAUUAAUAUUGGAAAGGCUUACUCCUCAUUCAGUCCGUUCCGAAAGAAAUCCACUUAGAUGGCGGAAGCUAACGACCGCAAUCUUCCAUCAAGCAUUAAUGACCACGAAAGAAACCGGUCCCGGAAUUUAUAAUAUCAUAGAAUUGGGAACGGAAUGAAGCCGCAGUCGCCAAGGCGACCAAGCUCCGCCUUCGGCCAUGCCUUUCUCGCCUCUCUUCUCAGCACGGAUUCCCGCCUGGCAUGGGCGGGACUCUUGUGGAGUGAUUGACAGUUGCUAUAGUAACAGGCUCUUCUCGUCGCCAUUUUGUCAGUUGGGCUUUUUUUAAAAUAAUUUUUCUUCCCGCCCGAAUUAUAACUUUACGUGCAUUAUUUUUCCUUCGGAUUUCGGUGACGGAGGGGUACCUUCUCUUUGGCCAGUUGCACCGGGACGAAGCGGGACGACUCCGGGUGCGCGUGUGUGCGGUCUGAAGUGAUCCGAAGCGCAGUUCCUGAGAAGCCGGCUCGGCGGCGGCGGCGCUCAGAAGGGGGAGGAGAGCAGGCGGCUGGCUGGCUGGCAGCAAGCAGGCAGGGAGGGGGCGCGAGUGAGUUCCCGGGGGUUCUGUUCGGCGCUGGGCCGCGCUCCCCUCUCGCCCGUGCCGCUCUGACUCUCUCCGCUCUCCCUGGCCUGGGCUCAAGCGGCAGAGCUGAAAUCGCAACCACCAAGCUCUGCCCGUGCCCCGCUGCCGAUCGCUGCGCAGGUUUGGAACGCGCGCCAUUUUGUGAGCGAUAGAAAAUCUGCCCGGCCAGGAAACGCCGCGGAUCCGCCCGCCGGGCCGGGCUGCCCUCCUCCAGGAGAGGGAGGUGCGCGAUUGGCUCCGCUUCGAGGCCAAGGCCCUGCUCCCUUUUGCACGGGGCCCGAACGUGUCGAGUGAAGUGAUACAAGCCGGGUGGGAAAGACUGCGGAGAAGCUGCUGGGUUGGGCCGCUGGCUGAGGAGGGUAAUGAACUGAACCCACCCGCUGCUGCCGCCACCACUCUCUUCCCUCCUGAAUCCCGAGACAGGAGGAGGCCUUGGUCAGUACAGGACAACUGCGGCAGCCCGGACAGUAACCAGAGGCGGCCACCGCCCCGAUAUACGGUUUUACUGCUGGCUCUUCCCCCCACCCUACAGGAUGGUAUGAGAUUUGAAAGGAGACGAUGCAUACAGGGGAAGUCAUUUCCCUUUGUUCAGCUUUGCUGCUAUACCACUGGUUGAGGGGAGGAAAAGAAGAUUGUGGCAGCAAAUACCAAUUGAAGGCAGUAACUGCUUCAUCACUCUUGUAGAGAGUAAGGAAGGAUGAUCUUGGAGGAGGAGGAGAGACUUCAGCAUGCAAACCUUCAUCUGUUCGGCUUGCACCAUCAUUUUCAUUCCAUGCUGCUGGCCUUCAGAUGGCUGGACAGAUGUCCCAUUCACAUCAGCAGUACAGUGAUCGUCGACAGCAGAACAUAAAUGACCAACAAGUUUCUGCCUUACCAUAUGCUGAUCAGAUUCAGCAGCCUCCUACUAACCAGAGGCGAAUGCCACUAACGUUCCGUGAUCCAGCAGCUGCUCCUUUAAGGAAACUGUCUGUGGAUUUGAUCAAAACAUACAAACAUAUUAAUGAGGUUUACUAUGCAAAAAAGAAGCGACGACAUCAACAGGGACAAGGAGAUGAUUCUAGUCACAAAAAAGAGCGAAAGGUUUAUAAUGAUGGAUACGAUGAUGAUAACUAUGACUACAUUGUGAAAAAUGGGGAAAAAUGGAUGGAUCGUUAUGAAAUUGAUUCUUUAAUAGGCAAAGGCUCAUUUGGACAGGUUGUAAAGGCAUAUGAUCGUGUAGAACAGGAGUGGGUAGCUAUUAAAAUUAUAAAGAACAAGAAGGCUUUCCUAAAUCAAGCCCAAAUUGAAGUGCGACUUCUCGAGCUUAUGAACAAACAUGACACAGAAAUGAAAUAUUAUAUAGUGCAUUUGAAGCGUCACUUUAUGUUCCGAAACCAUCUCUGUUUAGUUUUUGAAAUGCUCUCCUAUAAUCUUUAUGACCUUCUGAGGAAUACAAAUUUCAGAGGGGUUUCACUGAAUUUGACGCGAAAGUUUGCACAACAGAUGUGUACUGCACUACUUUUUCUUGCAACUCCUGAACUUAGUAUCAUUCACUGUGAUCUAAAACCUGAGAACAUCUUGCUGUGUAACCCCAAACGAAGCGCUAUCAAAAUAGUUGAUUUUGGCAGUUCUUGCCAGCUUGGACAGAGGAUAUAUCAAUAUAUCCAGAGUCGUUUUUAUCGAUCACCUGAGGUGCUAUUGGGAAUGCCUUAUGAUCUUGCAAUUGACAUGUGGUCCCUUGGUUGUAUCUUAGUGGAAAUGCACACUGGAGAACCUCUUUUCAGUGGAGCAAAUGAGGUUGAUCAGAUGAAUAAAAUAGUGGAAGUUUUGGGUAUACCACCUGCUCAUAUUCUUGACCAAGCACCAAAAGCAAAGAAAUUUUUUGAGAAGUUGCCAGACGGCUCUUGGAGCUUAAAAAAGACCAAAGAUGGGAAAAGGGAGUACAAACCACCUGGAACCCGUAAACUUCAUAAUAUACUUGGAGUUGAAACAGGAGGACCAGGAGGGCGUCGUGCUGGGGAGUCGGGUCAUAUGGUAGCUGACUACUUGAAGUUUAAAGACCUCAUCUUAAGGAUGCUUGAUUAUGAUCCAAAAACCCGAAUUCAACCUUAUUAUGCUCUGCAGCAUAGUUUCUUUAAGAAAACAGCAGAUGAAGGUACAAACACAAGCAACAGUGUCUCUACAAGUCCUGCUAUGGAGCAGUCGCAGUCUUCAGGAACCACUUCUAGCACAUCUUCAAGUUCAGGUGGCUCUUCGGGGACAAGCAACAGUGGAAGAGCACGGUCAGAUCCAACACACCAGCAUCGACAUAGUGGUGGACACUUCACUGCUGCUGUACAAGCUAUGGAUUGUGGAACGCACAGUCCUCAGGUUCGACAGCAGUUUCCUCCUCCUCUUGGUUGGCCAGGAAGUGAAGCUCCUACACAAGUCACUGUUGAAACCCAUCCAGUUCAAGAAACCUCUUUCCAUGUUACUCCUCAGCAGCAAAAUGCAUUACACCAUCAUCAUGGAAAUAAUUCCCACCACCACCAUCACCACCACCAUCAUCACCACCACCAUCAUGGACAGCAGGCCUUGGGUAAUCGGACCAGGCCAAGGGUCUACAAUUCUCCAACAAACAGCUCGUCCACCCAAGAUUCCAUGGAGGUGGGCCAUGGUCACCACUCCAUGACAUCCCUGUCUUCCUCAACAACUUCUUCCUCUACAUCUUCCUCCUCAACUGGUAAUCAAGGCAAUCAGGCCUAUCAGAACCGCCCCGUGGCUGCUAAUGCGUUAGACUUUGGACAAAAUGGAGCUAUGGACGUCAAUUUAACAGUCUAUUCUAAUCCACACCAAGAAACUGGCAUAGCAGGACACCCAACGUACCAGUUUUCUGCUAACACAGGUCCUGCUCAUUACAUGACUGAAGGACAUCUUACAAUGAGACAGGGAAUUGAUAGGGAAGAAUCUCCCAUGACAGGAGUUUGUGUUCAGCAAAGUCCUGUGGCCAGCUCGUGACUAAACUGAAACAGAUUUGUUUCUUGUGUGUUUUUAUAGAAGUGGUGUUUUUCCAAAAAAAAGAAAGAAAAAAAAAGUGCAAAGCUGCUUGAAUCAGGAGGAGAUAGACUUAUUGAACCGCUACAGAAGGGCAAAGCUAACUAUUUUUUUAAACUUGAACAGAUUGCAGUGAAGUUUUUAGAGCCAUGUUCAUACCUAUCCUAGAUAGCUUUGAGAAGAUUUCUCACCUUUUUGCCCGUUUUAAUUAUUACAACCAAGUCACACAUAUAUUUUCCCCCUUGUUCAACAGAAUGAAUAUUCAAGAGUUGAUCUUAGUUGCAAGCAUAUUUUAAGGCAUGCCCAGAAUCAUAUAAAUGGGCAUUUUGAGGUUUUUCUUUUUUUAAUAUUAAGGCGGGGGGGGGUGGGGAGUAAUAAUGAAUUUCCAUUCCCCAAACAUACAUGAACACAAAAAGCAGUACUGUAAGGAAGAGGGACCCUAAGAUUACAAAACAGAAUCUUUAGCUGUAAAAAGAAUGGUUGUAAUGGUGUUCAUGAGACACAUGAAGCAUGCUAAGUGGCGGUGAUUAAGACUCCUUAUCUGAACCUACUGAGAAUCAAAGCAGCAAUUAUAUUGGGAUUCUGUGUCUCAUGUUUGAGGCUACAAUCAGUUAGUAUUGAAAUAAGACUGGUCCUGUAAGUAAGGUGCACUGAGAAACAAUCAACAGGUUGGUCUUGACCAGUCCAGGGGAAGUCUUAAGUGGUGGUCUUUGGGAUAACCUUUGGCCUUAUGGAUUUGGACUCUUAAGUUAGAAGAGCCUACCAUUUCAGAUGCAAUCACUUUUGGACAUGCUUUUGCAGACAGUCCUUAAUGCUGAAAACACAGAAUGGGUAAUUCAAGAGGCCUUUCUUUUAAAAUAGACUUUGUGACCCACUUAUUGUAAGGUAUUGCAAGGUCACUUUGCGUGUGUCAUAAAGCUGACUUCCUUAUUGGUUGAAGGUCACAGGAGUAGUGGUUUGCUUUUGAUGAAAAUAACUACAACUGUGUUCCUCUCUGCUUUUCACUUUCUUUUUUCCUUUCCUCCUACGUCUUCUUCCUCUUUUUGCUUUUUCUGGGCACGUGGUUUCUCCACUGUUACUUCUGCACAAAGAUGUCUUCUGUUCAACCUGAACAUUUUUAAAAAUGCAGAAUUUUAUGUGACUGCUUUUUUGCCUCACAAUUAUGCUGUGAAUUUUACAAAUUUUUUUUCUUUUUUGAUAAUUUAUUGUACCAAAGCUGUUUUUAUAGCACAUAGAUGUCUGUAACCAAUAAUGUAGCAGUUCUGCACUUUGACACAAGGUGUAACUAGACCAUUUUUAAAUGUCAGUUGAAAAUUAUGGCUGUACUAUUGCUUAAACAAAACUGGAACUGUUGUUUAUUCAUAGCCAAUACAUUUACAACAGUCUGUGUAUUGAACAUGAUAGAUAGGACAUCUAAUUCAACACUAUAACAUCUGUUGCAUUAUAAAUGUGUUCAAGCUUCUGAAAGUAAAAGGGACAGUAAAGCCAGAAGCUAUGAAACCAGCAGUUAAUUUGUGCAUCCCUUAUUAGCAUAAAUGUAAAACUGAAGGCAAGACCUUGAUUACAUGAUCCCAAAACACUAAGAUAAGUGAAGUUAAAAAAAAAAAAAAAGGCCCAAGUGAAACCUGAGGCUGAGUAGGCUGUAUUUAGCAGGAGGUCUGCUGCCUUAAUUUAACAUAAUCGGCAGUUGCUAAAUUUCAGAACCCUUUUGAAGAUUUUUGAAAUUACGAAUACAAACAUUGUGAAUAAAAUAGAGAAAUUAGGGUAAUAAAGUGAUUAUCUUUCCAGAUUAACACUGUUUUGCCCUUUACACGAACAGAAGCAGUAAUCUACCUCUGCCAGUAAACUAGUUUAAAAGGCCAUUCAACAAAAUGCCGUGCACUUCAGACUGGUUAGUCCUUAUAGCAAACUAGGUCAGUUCUUCUGAACUUUUUUUUCUUUCUUUUUAUAAUCAUUCCUUAUAUUGGCAACAGAGAGGCUGAAUACAGUGGGAGUGUGGAGGAAUGCUUUAGAAAUAAGGAGUUUUUGUAAAGCAACUUUUUUAUCAAGGUAUCCAUAUUUAUUUUAUAUUGCGAUAUCAAGCCUGUGAAUUGACAUUUUUGAACUUCUGUAGUUCAAAAAUGUUUGCUGAGCAAAAGGCUGUCAUCACAACAAUGGAGCAUUAUGCUUAGCAAUACAAAAUGGAAUCCAAUAUGUACUGCUGUCUAGGAAUAUAAGGGUAACAAAUAUGGGUAAUUUUUCUUGUGCUGGUUGCCAUACCUUAAUAAGCACCAAAAAUACUGUUUUUAAAUUUACAUAAAGAAAAACCAUAAACUCCAGUGCUUCUGCAUACUGUGUUAUGUUACAGUCCAGUUUUGUGUGCUUUACUACACAGUUUGGUUACAGGACUUCUGUGCAUUGUAAACAUAAACAGCAUGGAAAAGGUUAAAUACCUGUGUUCAGAUUGUAAGAUCUAGUCCGGACUUGCUGUGUAUAUUGUAACGUUAAAUGAAAAGACAAGCCCUUUGUAUUAUAGUCAUGCAGUCUUAUGUAUGAUAAACAGUUGAAUAAUUUGUCCUCAGACUCUUUACUGUGCUUUAAAAAAAUAACAAGAUAAAAUGUAAACAUAGUAAAAUCUUCCUAUGCAAUUAACCUACUUCAAGGCCUGGUCUGCUAGGUAUGAUUAUAGUAACGUGUAAAUAUUAGAAACAUUUGAGACAGAUUUUAAGAGAAUAUGGAAGUAAAACUUGGAGGUGUAAUAUAUUAUUUUGAGUUUUUAAUUCAAAUAGCAAGACAUUUUUUGAAAUGCCCACACCUCUUCUCUGUUUUAUUCUGACUGUAAAGCAUAAUUUUUAGGUUUUAAUUGUAUACAUUUUUACAUUAAGUACUUUUCAUAUAUUUCUUUUAUUUAUAUAGUGCCUAAACAAAAGUGAUCUCACAGCUGUACAAACUGUAAAACAGUUCUGAUACUGCCAACAAGCUUACAAACCAGCCACAGCACUACAGGAAUGUACUUCCCCAAACUAAGUUAAAGUAUUAAAUUAGAAAUACAUUUUUGAAAAAAAGAUACAUUUAGAACCUCUUAAUCCAUUCAUCAUAAUUUUCUUUGGUUUUUAAAAUUGAUUAUCCUUUUUUCACUUGAUACCUCAUUAUGAGGUAAUGUGCAGGGAUGUAUUGUACUGCAUCAUUGUAUUGUUUAUGGCUGUGAGAAGCUGUUAAACCAAAAGUCAAAACAUGCUUGUUCAGUCUCUUGUAUGCAAUGUUCAGAAAAUGGGCCAUGCACAUUCUCAGUAUUCCAUAUCUUAAUCAGGAACAAAGGUUAAGAACAAAAUUAGGCCCCAUAUAGGAUCAAAUUCUGUUCUUACCUGGAGCACUUGGCAAAGAAAUCAACAGAGCUCUAGCUCCCUCAAUUGCCUGCUAUAGUAUGUAUGGAUAUUGCUGCAAGAAGCAAGUACAUUCUUCAUGAAACCCUUCUUGUUCUCUAUGUAGUAUGUGGGUAGCAAGAAAAGAAGGGUAGAACAUAACUAUGGUGAGGCUGUUUGUAGGCUUUCCGUGCAAAUAUACUUGCAUGGGCUUAUCUUUACAAAACAGGGUCUAAACUAAUAAAUAAUGCAAAAUUUAUCACGAA